GUAGAGGUGGAGAUGGAUGCAGCGGCGAGGAAACCCAGCUUCCUUUUUUAAGAAUCAGUGUGAGCAAGGGAGCAGAGCCACGUUAUUUUGGGGAGACUUUGUCGCACUCCCCCCCUCCCCGGGGUAGGUAGCAUCUGGGAAGUGUGCGCCCUGUUCGUAAUCCCCCAUGGAGAGACGCUGGCUGCUGCAGCCGGCAGUAACCCGACCCCGCCGGCGCAGGGACUGAAGAGGCACCGGGGAAGGCAGCGAGAGGUGAACAAAAGCCCUCGGCGUGGGGGCCGGAGCCCGGACCUGGGGGACUCCAACAAAGGACGAGACUCAGCUAUGGUGGACCCGGUGCCAGAAGAGGAGAAAGAGGGAGAGGAGCCUGGUGGCUCAGAAGGGGAUGGGGCCACAGCGUCCGUGCCCCCAGAUGCCCAGGGAGUUGCCCAACAGCCUGCUGCCUCCUCAGCCUCAGCCGCAGCGCCCCGCAAGGCCGAGGUCCCCUGCGGGGCAGAAGGUGGGCGUCGGGAGCAGUCCCCGCUGCUGCACCUCGAUCUCUUCAACUUCGCCUGCCCCGAGGCCGAGGGCAGCCGCUAUGUCCUGACCAGCCCCCGCUCGCUGGAAGCAUGUGCCCGCUGUGCGGUCAAGCCAGUGGAGCUGCUGCCCCGGGCCCUGGCGGACCUGGUGCGCGAGGCCCCAGGCCGCUCCAUGCGCGUGGCCACGGGCCUGUACGAGGCCUACGAGGCCGAGCGGCUCGCCAAGCUGCAGCAGUGCCGUGCUGAGCGCGAGCGCAUCAUGCGCGAGGAGAAGCGGCGCCUGUUCACACCCAAGGGCCAGGCUGCAGCCCAGGCCCCGGCCUCGGCCUCGGCGCUGAGCGCGGGCAGCAGCAGCAGCUGCAGCAGCGGCAGCAGCCUCCCGGCCUCGCCCGCAUCGCGGGUAACUCGAAGGACUUCACCCAGUCCCCCAGCCAGGACUCGACCUCCACCAGCCACUGCUCGGACAGGUAGGAAGAGCCACUCGCUGGACUCACUGUCCCGCCGGCGGGACGGUGCCCUCAGCUCCGAAUCCGGCGCCUCGUCCUCGGGGUCUUACAGCGGGGAAAGCCUGCGGGAGCUUCGCUGGCCACCUCGAGCUUCCGCCAGGCACAGCUACCCUGCGGGGUCCGCGUCGUCUGCACCCAACCCCCUGGGCCGCCCUUCGGCUCUCGAUCUGGCGCCACUCACAGCCCGCAGCUUCAGCCUCGGCGACCUGAGCCACUCGCCGCAGACCGCUCAGCACGUGGAGCGCAUCGUGCGCCAAGUGCGCGCAGAGCGAGGCCUGCGCGGGGUCCCCGAGCGCGACCGCAAGAUCGCCGCCCUCAUGCUGGCCCGACACCAGGAGGAGCGCCUGCUGCUGGAGCAGCGCGCCGCCGCCCACGGCCAGUGGGAGCAACAGCGCGUGCGCGCCGAGCAGCGGCGGGAGCGCGAGGAGCGCGAGAAGCAGCGCCGGCGGCGGGAGCUGGCGGAGCGCCAGGGCCUGCUGCGGCGGGAGAGGGCGGAGCGCGCGGCACGCGACGACCGGCAGCGCAAGCUGCAGCAGGAGCAGAAUCUGAAGCAGCGCGAGGAGGGCCUGCAGGAAGGGCGGGAGCGCGCCGAGCUGGCCCGCCGGGAGCGCGCCCAACGGGCGGCGCGGGCCAAGCAGCGCCAGGAGGGGCAGCUGCGGCGGGAGAAGCGGGAGCUGAGCCGGGCCGAGCGGGCCCGCCACGAGGCGCUGCUUCGAGGCCGGGUCCGGCAGCAGCACGAGGAGCGGGAAGGCCUGCGGAGCUCCCUGGAGGCCAGCUUGGGCCGCGCGCAGGAGAACUACGAGCAGCUGCAGGAGCAGCGCGCCCGGGAGCUUCGGGAGCGAGCCCGGAAGGAGGAGCUGCAGGGUCGGCGGGCUAAGGAGGCGGCCGAGCGCAAAGAGCGCGAGCAUCAGGCGCACUUGGAGGCGCUGGCGCGGGCCGGCGAACGACGGCUGCAGCACGCUGCGCAGGUGGCCGAAGAGGCGGUGCAGCAGAAAGCCCGGCGCGUGGUUCAGACUCGCCUGGAGAAGGAGAGGACCCAGCGAGCCAACAAGGAGAAGGUGGAGCGCGACGAAGACUGCCGCCGCCGGGAGCUGCUGCAGGCCAUCGGGCGCAAGCUGGAGCGCAGCGAGCAGCUGUCUCGGGAGAGGCGAAGCGCGCUGGAGAGCGCUCGCUCCACAGCCCGGGCCUCCUUCCACGUGCGGGAGAAGGUGCGGGAGGAGACCAACACGCGCUCAUUUGACCGCAUGGUGAGAGAGGCCCAGCUACAUGCCAGCCUGGACCGUAAAUGACAGCUGCCUUGUGUGCAGGCCAUACUGCUUUAUAGAGCCAGGCGGGGCCUCCCUUAGCCUCUUGGACCAAACUCUAGGCAUCUCCAGUCCGGGGGCCAUACCAUGAACUCCCCAGACUAAUGAACCAUGAGACAAUGAGAAGCCAGACGUGGUACUUUUCCGUCUGCCACCGUUGCUUUACAGACUUACAUCGUUUGGAAAUGACAUGGCACAAUUUACCCACAUCCACCUGUGUCUUUGGGUUGGAAUAGAAAAUAGCUGGGGAGGGAGAGGGUCCCCCUAGGAGAGAGCACAGAGGUGAAUGUUGGGUUCUCUGCCACAGGUGUCAGUUUCUUGGACAUCUUUCUGACAUUUGUGUCUAAGAUGACUUUCACUUACAGCAGCUGAGGAGAUAUAGCCCAGACUCACCUCUCUCUUCCAAAAUACAAGUUGCACAGAACUUAAAGUCUCCCAAGAAAGCACAGCUCUUCGAAGAUGUUAGUUCAUGCACAAAUGAUCACAAAAGCUAUGGUUUUGAGCACUGGACUGUUAAUGGGACACCUGAACAAAUUCUCCUGCUCCCAUAAUCUUUUUCAGUUGAGUCCCUAGGCUUUCUAGUUAGACAAUCAUCUGCAGAUAAUAAUCAUUUAUUCUCCCACGUGGCAUGGGAAAUGGGUCAGAUUGGUGAUGCUGUUUGGCUUUCAUGGAAGCCCUCCAUCCCCUCACCUCCCCGGAGGCGGUGGUUUCCUUAGGCAGCAGUGGUCCACCCCGUGAGGCUUCCGUGGAUGGUGAUGUAGUUCAGUGGAGGCAGUGUCUGAUGGCCACGUCCCUGUGUGGGGCCAGCUCCUGCAGACAGAAGCUAUUGCCUUACGAAGCAGAGCUACCUUCUGUGCCUGCCCAGGCCACUCUUGCCUAAAGCUCCAGCCUUGAAUUAAGUCCCAAGGGUGAAACCCUGAGGAAUCUGGAGUGCGUAGGAUUCCCUCUGUGAAAUAGUUCAGUGCCCGGAGGACAAUUUAGCAUCCUUGGCUGCGUGGCUGUGGCGACUGAAGGGCUAGAAUUGCCUCUGCGUUGCGUUGUGCUGGCGUUGGCAGGGUAUCACUCUUCCCUAGGAAAGUAAGAGUCUUCCCUCUUUAAAUUCCUGGUACUCUCUCAUUUAUACCUGAAGUAUUUAAUCAGUCUCUUGGUGCCUCACCUUUCCCAUCUGCCAGAUGGGGCCCUCAGAACUCUUCUGGUACCUCAAGGUCUCCUGGAUCCAAAGCACCACUACAGUGUUGUUCGUUGGUCUCCGUUGUGCCUUUCUUGACCUGGAGUUGGGAGGCAGGAGGACUGCUUUGAGCCUAGUUUGUUUCUGGUAAUAUGGGUUCCUGGCAUUAGACAGGGUAGUUCAUCACAGAGAGAUGAUCAUCUAGUGUGUGAGGUGUGUGUGUGUGUGUGUGGUGUGCACGUGUGUGGCGGAGGUACUUGCAAUGCCAAGCCACUUCCUGGUCAGAAGGUUGUUAUCACUAGGCAAUUUUAACCCAUACAGUGCUCCUUCCACGAAGCUGAAACUGACCCCACUCUUACCCGCCUCUCCGUUGCGUCUUCACCAGGGAAAGUGAAAAGUCAACCAACCCUUUUUGCAUUAAUCAAGGUCAGGAAGUAAAAAAAAAAGUACCAAAAAGACAGGAAUCAGGGUAGAGAUGUCCUGCGUUAGAUGUGUUUUGUGUGUGUUCUGCUGGCAGAGUCAUCCCUAAAGUGACAGGUUAUUGCCCACACCCCUCAUCGGCCCUACCCCAUCACAUGCUAAGAGUAGUCUUGUGUCGCAGACAGCCAUGCUUAGGUGUCACGUGUGAGAUAAUGUGAAACCCGGAAAGGAGCUAUGUACCAAGGUUUGUUUCUUGAAUGGGUGGUUUUCCCCUUACAUUCCCUUCUUGUCGGGGAGCUAUAAUAACUGGUGUUAUCUCUGAGACAGGAGCAUUUACUAAAAAGUGAAUGUGACUAU